UGCUCAGUUUGAGAGUGAAGCUCGCAAUAUGACAACGAUCGUGCGCAAAUUAACUGUAAAAGAUAUCGAUGAAGCGAGUCGCUUGUUUCGGGAACAUUUUAUGAAACACGAACCGCUUUUGGAGUCAUAUGGCAAAUGUGAGCGACUGAAUGCCAGUUUGGAUGAGUCGGCUGUACGGGAAGGCCUCUCCUUGGUUAUUGUCGAUCGGAGCACGGGCGUCGAUCGCAUUGUGGGCGUGGCAUAUGCGGGUGUGCUGAGCGCAAAUGAAUUGGACCACAGUUGGAAUGAGUUGAGGGACAAGAAACGAACGAAAUAUAUGGAACACAUCGCAUACUUUCUGACCAACAUCAAGAGAAAUGCCCAGUUCUUUGAGCGUUACAACGUCUCGAACUGUCUGUACUUGAAGGUGCUCGUCGUGGAUGCCACGAUGCAGCGCCAAGGCUUGGGACGACAACUGGUGACGGCCCUGGUCGAUGUCGGUCGAGCCAAGGGGUUCGCACUGUUGGUUGCCACCUGUACCGGUUGCUACUCGACAAAGCUGAUGGCGUCGCUCGGCAUGGAGUGUGUGCACUCGGAAAACUAUUGCGACUUCAGAGAUGACGAUGGCAAUAUAGUAUUUAAGCCAUCAGCACCACACACAGAAGCCAGUGUAAUGGUAUUGAAAUUGUAGGGUAUAUUAGGGUA